AUGGCAAUGACCAAAAGUAGUAUCGUGAGAACCAUACGAAGAAAGCCAUUAGUGGUAUUGGCUCCUCUUACUCUUUUAGUGGUGCUAUACUUGUUUCUUUCAAAUGGUAGAACUCAACCAAAGAAUGGCCAAUACAGUUACACUAAGAAGAACAGCAUAUUUGAUCACAAGAAGAAGGAUUCUUUGAUCCUUAGAAACUUACCAAAGGACCAUAUCAGUCAUUACGACUUGAAUAAGUUGACUGCUACAAAAGAUGGGUUGAAUAAGAAGGAAGAGGUUCUUAUUUUAACUCCCAUGUCCAAGUUUGUACCAGAAUACUGGGAGAAUAUCAACAAGUUACUGUACGAUCAUGCAUUAUUGAGCUUGGGUUUCAUCUUCCCCAGAACUUCUGAAGGGGAUAAGGCCAUGAAGGAUUUGGAAAAUGCCAUCAAGACUACUCCGGGAGCUGCCAAGUAUAAAAAAAUAACCUUAUUGAGACAAGACACUGAAUCUUUGGAAGAUCAAAGCGAAAAGGAAAGACAUGCUUUGAAGGUUCAAAAGCAAAGAAGAUCAAUGAUGGCUUUAGCUAGAAACUCCUUGGUUUUCUCUACAAUUUCACCCUCUACUUCAUGGGUAUUAUGGAUGGAUGCUGAUAUUGUUGAAUCACCCACUACUUUGAUUCAAGAUAUGAUGAAACAUGAUAAACCCAUUGUAUCGGCCAAUGUCUAUCAACGGUUUAUUAAUGCUGAAACUAAGAAACCUGACAUUAGACCCUAUGAUUUCAACAACUGGGUUGAAUCAGAAGAAGGCUUGAAGUUGGCAGAAACUUUGAAAGAUGAUGAAAUCAUCGUUGAAGGAUAUAGUGAAUUGGCCACUUAUAGACCAUUAAUGGCCCAUUUCUACGAUCCAAAGGGUGAUCUUCAUACGGAAAUGCCUUUAGAUGGUGUUGGAGGUGGUGCAUUGUUGGUUAAGGCCGAUGUUCAUAGAGAUGGUGCUAUGUUCCCUUCAUUCCCCUUUUAUCAUUUAAUUGAAACUGAAGGGUUUGCUAAAAUGGCCAAGAGAUUAGGCUAUUCCAUUGUGGGGUUGCCUAAUUACUUGGUAUACCAUUAUAAUGAGUAA